AUGACGUUUACUUACUCUAAUCCAAAGCUAGAGGCUGAAACUCACUUUCUCUCUCACUUGCACAAAGAUAAGGAAACAAUGUCUGUGUCAGCGAUUUUUGGCACCGGAAUCGUCACCGUCGCUGCUUCUUCUCCGGUUCUACGCCAGUUUCAGGUUCCGAAAUUGGGGAAUGGCGGAGGAUUAGGGAUGGUCAUUGAGUGUUCUUCGAGGCCUCAGAAGAAAUCGACUGCGCAUCACAGGAAGUCGAGGCCGAAGAAGUCCCAGCCUUGGGAUAUUAAGAGAAAGCCUACUGUGUAUGCUCCUCUUCCUCCUCUCCCGGCGGAGUGGACUCCGUUCACUCUUGCUUCUGAUGACGGUGGUGCCACCGCUGCUUCUCCUGCCGGAGAUUUGGUUUCUGGCGCUGCCUAGUUGUAUGAGUUAUCUGCUGGUUUGUUUGUAAUCUAGUUUGAGAGCUUUUGUUUGUCUCUACUUCUGUUAAUCUGUUUCAGCUUUCUGCUGUAUGUUUCUUCUUCUGAAUGAACCAAAUUGCAAUUUUUUUUUAAUAAAGUUUUCAUUUUUUUGCUCU